UCCGCGACACAUCAUGGCGCAGGUAGUUUUGCCGCUGCUGAUCGGAGCCGUCCUUGCCGCGGUGGCCAUCAGCGCCGACGAGCUGACCAGAAAUGUUUUCAGCCAUUGUACGCUUCCGCUCGGCAUGGAGGAGGGAAAAAUACCGGACGACGCCAUAAGCGCCUCCUCGAGCUACGAGAUGAAGUCCGUCGGGCCGCAAAAUGCUCGCAUCCGCCAGGAGAAGAACGGCGGCGCGUGGUGCCCCAAGGCCCAGAUAAGCAACGACAUCCGCGAGUACCUCGAGGUCGACCUCACCCAGGAGCACCUGAUCACAUGGACGGAGACGCAGGGCCGUUUCGGCAACGGCGAGGGCCAGGAGUACGCCGAGGCCUUUUACCUCGAGUACUGGCGCGACGCCAAGUGGCACGCCUACAAGAACCUCAGAGGCAGCCAGGUCCUGCGAGGCAACAGCAACACCUACCUGGUGGAGAGACAAAAGCUCGACCUGCCGUUCGUCGCGAGCAGGGUGCGCUUCGUCCCCUACAGCAAGCACCCACGUACCGUCUGCAUGAGGGUCGAGAUUUACGGCUGCGUCUGGGAGCAGAGGAUAGCCAGGUAUACGAUACCAAAGGGCGAGCGCUACGGCCCGAACGGCUGCAACCUCGAGGACUCGUCCUACGACGGUGGCAACGAGGUCAAUGGCACCCUGGCCCACGGCAUGGGCCAGCUGACCGACAACGUAAUAGGCGACUCCUUCGAGAUCCUCGCACCCUUGCCGUCGAGCGGCAGCAGCUGGAUUGGCUGGAUGGCCAGGGACACCCUCGACAUCGUCUUCGAGUUCAAGGAGGUGCGCGAGUUCAACAACUGUAGAAUACACGUGGCUCAUCUGCCUAGGCUUGGCAUCGAGGUGUUCGCGUCGGUACAGGCGUGGUUCUCGAACGACGGCGUGCGGUACGAGACGUCCGCGGAUAAGGUCGAGACCCCGAAGGAGUUUAAAACGAACGUGGGGAUGGUCACGGUGCCCCUGCAGUUGAGGACCGGCCGGUUCGUCAAGCUGGACAUAAGGACGAGGUCCAAGUGGCUGCUGAUCAGUGAGGUCCUCUUCGACUCGGUUCCAGGCCUGAGGAAUCAGACGAGCGAGCAGGCGUCCGAGCAGAGCGUGGCGAGCGAGCGCAACGAGACGGACGUGACGGCGCAAGCUCGGCCGAAGAGCGAGAGGAACGACACUGUUUACGAGCGUGCGCCCAAAUUGACGCCCGACGCGUUUCCCAUCGGCAACUCUCAGACCUACAUCGGCCUGGUAAGUGCGGCUCUGAUGGUACUAGUCCUGCUGUCGAGCUGUACGAUUUUCCUGAUGAAGCAGCGGGGCCGCAACAAGGUGGCUCUCCUGCAGAAGCACACGGCCCUCCUGUGCGGGCCCACGGCUCCGGGCAUCAACAUGAAGGACAUACAUAGAUUGGCGACGCCGAUCGUCGUCAACAACGGGCUCUCCCAGUCGCGGCUGUCCAUCAAGAGCAAGAGCCUCGCCUCGGCCUUGGCGGUCGCCAACGACGACAACAUGAGCACCUUGCGCAGCAACACCAACAGGAGCGACAAUGGCAGCGAGUACGAGCAGUGCAGUGCCUACGAGCGCACCUACAAGCUCUUCUCCGAGGAGAACCUCGCUUACGAGCCUGCCUCCACCCACAAAAGCGAGCGGUUCUCCACUUGCAGUGGCGUCACGGACUACGCAAGCGAGAACAGCUAUCAGGAGGAGAAGUCGAGCGAGAGAAUAGUACCGACGCCCUUCCCCGUCAAACGGCACUCGCACAACAACUCCAAGGCAAAUCCCACAAAAGUUCACGAGGGUUACUACGCGGCCACGGACAUAUUGACGAUAAAGCGUCGCGAGCAGCAAAGCGCGUCGAGCUUGUUCACGCCACUGCAGAUCCAAGAGAGCGCCACGCUGUCCAACACGUCGAGCAUAUACAACAUCCAGCACAUAUCGAGACACCGGCUGAGGAUCCUCGACAAGUUCGGCGAGGGUAGUUUCGGGCUCGUCUAUCUGUGCGAGGCCAAAGGCAUAUCUGGCCCCGACAUCGGCACCAUACGCAUCCGACAGAUAGUCAUCGUGCGCUCACUGUGGCGCGGCGUCACCGAUUCGCUCAAAAAGGAUUUCAUGAAGGACAUGCACCUGCUGGCCGCGAUUCGAGACGUGAACGUAGCGAGGAUAAUCGCCUUGGUCGACGAGGAGCCCAUGGGCGCGGUCUUUGAGUACGGCGAGCUCGGCGAUCUGCCGACCUUCAUGAAAAGCGGAAGCGAGAACGGGAACGACGACAUAACUCUGAGUUACGGCUGCCUUCUCAACUUUGUCACGCAGAUAUCGUCGGGCAUGAAGUAUCUGGAAAACCUCAAGAUUCCCCACUGCGAUCUAGCUGCGAGAAAUUGCAUCGUCAACAAAAAUUUGAUAAUCAAAGUGUCGGAUCACGCGUUGUACUGCAGCAAAUACGACCACGAGUACUACGUGAACGGCUACUACGCGAAAGUACCGCUCAGAUGGAUGGCCUGGGAGGCUGUCUUGAUGGGCAAGUGCAGCAGUGCCUCGGACGUCUGGUCGUACGCGGUGACCGCGUGGGAGAUAUUCAGCAGUUGCAGCGAGCUGCCCUUCGCGGAACUGACCUCCGAACAGGUGCUCGAGAACUGCAGCCGCUGGUACCAAAACUACAGUAUCCCGUCGAACAACAACCAACAGCAGGCCCCUCGCGUCCUACCCCAGCCGAGCUUGUGUCCCCGCGAGCUCUACCGCAUGAUGUCCAAGUGCUGGAGCAGGAGGUCCGAGGACAGGCCCACCUUCGAGGACAUAUAUUUGUUCUUGAAGCGGCUGACGUACGACUGAGGGUCCCACGAGUCGGUUGUUACCAGUGAUGAUGACCGUUUCGUGUGCUCGAGUGGUGACAGCAGUGAGACUUGCUGCUCCAGCCGGUGCGACGGGGACACGGAUACCCACGCCCCUCGUCGGGCUCUGACACUCUAGUGCAUUUCCGUUUUUUUUUUUUUUGUUUUUUUUUUUCCACAAACGAGACAUGUGUAUCCACAGUUGAGUACAAAUCAUUCGCCGUUACGAAGCUCUCGAUGGUUUUAUUUCCAAAAGUGUGAUUUCCCCGUGGUCCGUCACUCGACUCGACUCGGUGCUGCAUCAUAUACAGUUACAAGACAUUUUACCGACGAUGAACAAUCAGCCGAGGGCUCGCUUGACUUUGCGAGGAGUAACCGGUCGCCGACGCUUUCGACCGUGCACGCGUGCGGUCAAAGCCACACAUAAUUAUGUUACGGACACUGUUGCAACGACUGCGCGUUGGUGCAUGUAGUUAGAGAAAAGCGUGUCGUACACCUGGACGGCGCGUUGUGAGAAGAAAAAAUAUUUUUUGCAAUGUAGAAAAGUAUGAAGAAAAAGAAAAAAAAAAAACAAAAAAAGGAUGGUGAGAUAUUGACAUGACUCCGAAAGUUUGGAGUAGUACGACGAGACACGAGCGUGGAAUAUUUUUUAACUGUUUAACGCUGCUGCGCGCACCGGUUUUUGUAUACCCAUCCGUUGUUCAUACCGAGCAGUUUGGGUUUGUGAAAAAUUUAGAAUCGGUAAAAUAAAUACGUCGCGGUUGUACAUAAUUGACCUUUCGAAUUCAUUGUAGAUCCUAUGGAAAAGAAAGAAAAAGAAAGAAAAAAAAAAAAAAAAGAUUGUACGUGCUGAAAAUUCUCAUUACUUUCUGUUAUCGAAUCGCAAGAUUUGUUUCUCGAAUCAGUGGAACACGUCCUGUGUAUUAUUAAUUCCGAUGAAUCCUCCAAACGGAUUUUCUCGCUUAGGUAUAUUGCGCAACGUAUACUGUUAUACUCCGUGACUGCACGAAUAAAAAAAACAGACUCACACUUGUAAAGAACAGUCGUAAGCUCACGUAUGUAAUUUCUCAACGGUACUGUAUAAUCACGAGCGCUGUUUUGUGAUAUUUUUUUUUUUUUUUCAUUUUUUGAUCCAGUGGAAAUUUCGAUAAAUCAAUAAGUAAUUACACAAGUAAUCGUGAAAUGGCAAAUGAUUACACAAGUGCAGCUCCUUUGGUGGUAAAUAGCUGCGCUAAAUUUUUUACGAUAGUUUCACGAUUACUUGAUGACUAAUUGACUGGUUUAUCGUCAAAUUUACGUAUGAGUUGAGUAUUUGUUCUUUUACUUGUAUAAGAUUUAGUCAUAAUAGGCAGUAGGAAAAUAUCACGUAAGGCAUAUCCAUUACUAAAAUAAGAUGGUUAUAUCCAUAUAAUUCAGUAACGAAUGUUCAAAAAAGUUGUAUAAAAUUUUAAUCACGUACGCGAUUUUAAUGGAUAAGACUACGAACAAGUAUUGGUAUUACCAUACAUUGAUAAUUGAAUUGAAGCAUAAUCGAGUGUAUGUAUACCUGAAUUUUCUAUUUCAUUUUCAAUCGAGAUGAGUAUUUUCUACAAUACCUUUGAUCGAAACCCGCGGUCCCUGGGUGGGGUUAGUUGAAUCAAAAACAAAGAAUCUUCCACUAGUUGUCGUGAUUUUUAAUUAGUGACGAGAUAAGCCCGUGUAAAAUAAAAAAAAUAAUUAAUACGUGCCAAAUCAGCGCGUUAAAUGAUCAAUUAGGUUUAACAACCUCUCUAACGUAGCUUUAAGCUAUUAUUACAUUAAUAUAUAAAAGUAUGUAUAUACAUAAAAACUCUUGUAAAAUAUACGUAUACAUGGAGCAUCGAAUUUUUGAUGCCUUUUAACACGUAUCAAAUACAUUUUAUUUACUCGAUAUUAUUUCUUUCCAAAAUUAAUGUUUUUCGUGAGGUAUAUACAUAUCUUUGUAUUCGCUUGAAAUGUUUUAUUUGAAUGAAAAAUGAUAUUUCCAACUGGUGUCCUUUGAGAAUUUUAUAUAUUAAUAAAAAUAUACCUGGUAAUAAAGCCAUAUCUGAAGCAUCCACAUAUCUCGAAAUUUAUUGUUAUACAAUUAAUUCUACUUAUUUACGGUAACGCGUCUUGUACAUUAAUCCGAAUCUAUAAAUAAAUCAAGUAGUCGUCAAUGACAAUUGAAAUAGUUAAUAUGUGUUUUAAUUUGAAGAAAAACUGCCAUCGAACUCGUGCUGUGCUAAUUAAAGAAACCAAGACAAAAAGCUGGAUUACCUUGCACUGGAAUUCGUAUUCUGAAAAUAGCAAAUGAUCCAUCGCGACGUUUCAAAACAAAACAACAAAAAACUUACAUAUCCUUCAAUUUCUUCGCAUCCUCGUACGAAUAUAUACACACACACAAAUAUGUAUAUAUAUACUCACGAACAUGGUCGUAUAAUCGCUAUUUGAGAACACGAACGAAUCGUGCGUCAAAUUAUCGUGUAAUAUUGUAUAACGAUGAGUAUAACAUUUUUACGAUAUCCUCUGAUUUUUAUCAUUCCUUGUAGUCGGUAAGUUAUUACAACAGCCAAAUGUAGUCAUUUAACAAUUAAACGAGUAAAAUACGAGAAAAAGUAGAGAGAGGCAUUGGAAUUGCUGUAAGUUGUAUUAUUUAAUAUGUUUUUUUAAGUAACAAAGAUAAAUACAUUUUUUUUUUUUUUGGAUAGUCAUUUUA